UUUUUUUUUUAAUAAACAUAUAUAUAACUCGAAAUAAAUCAUUAAAAUGGCAUCUUCUCCCAUUUUCGUAGAUCAUCGGUCAACUUCUUAUGGUUCACCAGGACCUUCUAGUCAACAAACUCAACAUCGAUUAUUAGACAGAGUCUCUACAUUAUUUGGAGGCGGCAAAAAAAAAUCUGGAAAUAAUUUUGAAAAUAAUACUCAACCUUCUCAAACAAAUUCAAUAUUAAAUGAAGAUAGGAAUGCUUCUUGUGUAGACUCUAUGUAUUCUUCUCUUCAAUCUCGACGCUCAGUUUAUCAUUCAAAUACAAAUGUUCCUGCUCCAUUGAAAACAGUGCAACUAGAUAACCCAAUCGUACAUUUACCUACUCCGACUCCGCCAACGCCACCACAUCAUCCUUCAUUAAACUCGACCAUGCCUUCAUCUCCAAUACCACAGAGAAAGCUAACGCCUCCAGCUCUUUCACCUCAAAAGAUUGAAGAUGUUGAGGCACAAUUUAAGUUAUUACUGAGAGAAUAUGCACCUUCAGCAGAUCACAUCAAUAAUGUGAAUAAUUUGACAGUAGAGCAAAAGGAAAUGUUACUGCGUUCAUCACGAUCUCCAGCAUUACUUAAAAAGAAUUCGACUUUUUCACAUAUUGGACCUUCCUUUUCAUUAAGAGCCACUUUUGGUCUUAAAACAAAGACAAAAAGGAGUGACCAUCCAUUUCUUAACUCUUCGUUUGAUUAUAAUGAUACAUUGAAUUCAGAAUACUCGGGUAAUCUCAAAAAGGCCUAUACAGCACCUGGAAGAUAUCGUCGUUCUGGUUUACCUGACUCAUAUACCCAUACAUCAAGGAGUAAGUUGAAAUCAACUCCAGAAUAUUUUGUUAAUUUGCUUCGAGAAACACAUGUGAGAGAUUUAGAAGACUCUGAAGUUUUAGAUCUUCGUGUCUUUUUGAGAAGUGUUGUUGUUAGUUGGACAAGUGAAUUUUUGUCAUUAGGUGGAUAUGAAGCUAUUGCAAAUUUAUUCAAGCAAAUGAAGGAAGCUCCUAAAAGAAUGCCAAAUGAUAAUCGAAUUAUACAGCAUCUUGGAAAAUGUUUAAAAACAAUUAUGACUCAUGAGUCAAUGGGUACACAAAUUGUUCUUCGAAAUCCAAUUGCGUUAUACCAUGUUCGUGAUAUUUUAUUUGGUCCAGCGAAUAAGAAACUAAAACAAGUAUAUGGUCUAGAAAUAAGUACACGUAGCUUAUUACUUAACUUGAUGUGUACUUUGGCUACUAUACAAACAAGUUCCACUACAGAGUAUGUACAUGGCUAUGAUGUCCUUCGUCGUCUCUUACUAGAUCGACCGUCAGAUAAGCUUGUUGUUGAUGAUACUGAUAAAAAGAGUCAUUCUAAACAUACUUCACCAUUCCCUAUCACGCUCAAGACGGAUCCUAAAGAAAUUCUACAAAUGAUUAUGGAAAAUGAUCCAAAUGGACAAGUCAUUGGUAAAGAGUAUGAAUGGGAUCAAAAUGAACUCAGACCCCGUUAUACAGCUUGGAUGCGUGAACUUCAUUAUACAGUAGAAAAGCAUAUUGAGACCAUCACGUUUCUUGCUCAAGUUUUAAAUUAUGAUUUUAAAAGUGCAUACCGACAGAUUAAAGCAAGACAAAACUUGACAGAGCAAGAGGCUGCUGCAAGUAAUAAUGAUCCUGAAGAAGCUGGAGCUGUAAUGACUGAAGAAGGUGUUGUUGACUACAUUGUUACACAUCUUCGCCUUAUUCGUACUGUGGUCACCACACAGCCUACGUCUUACAUGGGCUACUAUGAUGAAUAUGAACAAGAAAAGAUGAGAGUUGAACUUAUGCUUUCUGGAUUUGAUAAAAUUUCAAAGGUAAUAUAUAUAUAUAUAGAUAUAUAUUAGUGUAGACCCAGAAAAGCAAAAGAGUUAAUUUAUCAUCUUUAAAUUCGUUUAAUAUUAGAUUUUAAUACAAUGUCCUCAUCCUACAGUUCGAGCCUCAUAUAUCAAUUACCUAAAGCCACUGAUGAUGUCUUGUGCAGAACUUACUAUACCUAACCGUAGAGCAGCUACUACUACUACUACAACUACAACUACUACU